AUGGCGGAGGCACCCGAGCAACGGGCUGUUGCGACUGCAUUCGCGCCUCCACCGCCCCUGUGGAAGUACUUCACCCAAGACAAUAUUGACGCACUCGAGACUAUCAAGAAAGAAGCGUUGAAGAAGAACGGGGAUGAGGCUAGAAUAGGCAAGCACUGGUUGCCCGCAGAGUUGCGCUCUCUUGACGUCCCGCCAGAGCUGCGCUUCUUGAUACCCCCCGAGCUUCCCACUGAGGAAUAUACCGUGUUUGGGGAAUCACAAACCCUUUCAACUACACUACCGUCAUUGAAGGAACAAGGAAUCGAGCAGCUGUACCCCGAGCCCGGAAGUGACACCGACCAAGCUUCUUCCCAACCCAAUCAACCCCUGAACCAUGCCUAUUAUCUACUCAAGAUCAGCAAAUCUCUAUUGCUGAAUUUUCUCGAAUUCGUCGGCAUUCUCUCAGUAUCCCCCGAACAAUACGAAUCCAAGGUCGAGGAUUUACGGAAUCUCUUUAUCAAUGCACAUCACCUGUUGAAUCUGUACCGCCCUCAUCAAGCACGUGAAUCACUCAUCAUGAUGAUGGAAGAGCAGCUCAAACGCACAAGAGAGGAGAUCACAAAAAUGGAUGAGGUCAAAUCGGAUAUAGAGAAUCUGAUGGAUCAACUGGAGGCGGAGGGCCAACAGCUCAAUCGCAAAGAGAGGCUUGAAGAUACUGCCGAAUCGACGCCAAAGCCUGACACAAUAUCCGACGAUACAAAAUUGGUAUGGCGUCUUCUGGGAAGGGUGGAUUGA